AUGGCACAUUCGAAAGGUCAACCCAAGAGGAGUGGCAGACAAAAAUCCCGUCAUGGAGAUGACGAAAGAAGUGACCAUGAAAAGAUCACGCCGACCGGCAAUGUCAAAAGAGGGAGGAAAAAGGACAGCCGUCCUGAGGAGUCCAAGAAAGUAAAAACCAGCUCUGACACCAAGAAGGGAACAAGUAAAACUACAGCGAAGACCAAGGACCGUCCGAACAGGGGCACAACCGGCAAAACCUCGAAGAGUUCAGGCGAUCUUGAGAUGAAAUCCUCAGAGGCUGCAACUCGCAAAAAUGGCAAAGUCAAGGAUGAAAAACACAAAGAAGAUGAACAGAAUGUGGAGCUAAAGGCAUAUAAGGGGAAAGUCUGCAAUGAUUCUGGAAAGGUUGCGGCUGUCCCAGCUCAAUCAAAAACCACUCAAACGCCGCCAAUGCAAGUGGUGAAAAGGUCUAUUUUCGAGGCGUUUGUCACCGGACACACUCAGGUGAAUCUAGAAGAUGCAUUGAAGAAUCCAACUCCCCAAAAUACAAAACGGCCACGGAAAGCCUGGGGACCCUUUGACCCGCCCAUCACAAAGCACGCUCAGAUUCCCGAGGGCUGGAAUCCCACUGAAUAUGAUAUUGACGAGCAGGAUGUCGAGGCAAAUAUCCUAAGAAAUAUCGAGAGAAUUACAGAGGGGAUUCUGCCCGCGUUCUUUGAAGCACGACUGGAACGUUACAGGGAGAUGAAAAGGGUGCAAGAUAUGAUGGUUGCCUUAGAACCUGAUCUGCCCUGGGUCGUUAUUAUACGUCUAGAAACUCUCGGCAUGAUGGAGGAAAGGAUGAUAAGGGACGGUGACAAGAGUGACCACCUUGUCAAUGUCAGAGCUAUUAUGAAAGCAUACCGUGAUAGAAGCUUGACCUGGGACCCGCCAAAGGUUACCUAUUGGGCGAAUGGAAAGCUGUACAAGGGACCCGAGGAGCUCACAACUACGAAGAUGAAUGGGUACUGGCGCGAGCUUGGAUGCCCAAAGUCCUGGUUUGUUGAGGGGUGGGAGGGGCCGGAGCCAGCAUCGAUGAACUUUGUUAGUGCUAUUGCGCCACGAUCGUCCACUAAUAUCAUGCAUGAUAUUCGACUUGCUAUCCGACCUGCAGACAUGCCCGCAGAGCUCAAGGGACGGAAUCGCUAUAUCGAAUAUGAUUUCCUGGACGAUACAGGAUCCCAACACAUGCUGAUAUACGAGCAGGACUGCUGGGACAUAGAGGAUAUCUGUGAUUUCAUCUGCCCAGAGGCGGGUCAGACAUUUGUUCGCACUGCAGCUGGAACUGGAAUCUUCAAGGUCGUUCAUGUGGAGGCGGCCUUGUUCUGGGAUCAAGGUUUUUCCAAAGUUCAGGUUGUCCCAUGGACCCCCGUUACCUGCUACGUGGCACCUGGUCGUCAGCUAGGAAGCCAGCCAAGACUUAGCGGAGUCUGGCUUCGCCAUCUGCUUUACCAUGUCACCAGACCAGAUAACGAAGGUAAUCUGUACUUGUCUGACCAAGACUGGGACGCAUCUAUCAAUGUUGGACCUUUUGAAAUGGCAAACAGGCAAGCGCCGCCUCUUGUGGCAUAUUUCAACGAGCCUGGGGCUCCUUUGAGACCUGCUGGGGUCCCUGGCCAUGUUUCUCCUGGAACCUAUCCACCGGGAGGGAAUAGUAACCAAUAUCCUGAGUCUUAUCAUCCUUACCCCGAACAUUACCCUGGGGAGUUCCCACCUGAGAGUCCUCCUACCUGGAGACAAGCACUGACCGAGAUAUUCAAGGCGGUAAUGAGAAUCCCGCAGUAG